AUGGUGUCGGCCGUGCCGCAGGAGUACUCGUACUUCGACCAGCGCCGCCUGCUGGCCUGGGCCGGGCCCCGGCACUGGAAGCUGCGUCCGCUGACAGCAGGCCGCCAGGGGCCGGCGCCGGACGCCGCCAAGCCGCGCCGCAAGCGGGAUACCGAGGCCAUCGACUUCGCCGAGGAGUGCGACUGGGCCGACGCCUUCGCGCCGUCCAAAAAGUCCAUCAAGCUAAAGCCGGCCACCAUGAAGAAGUGGAACGAGGAGAAGACCACGCUCCCCGAGGACCUUCACUACGACAUCGCCGCCGUGUUCAAGCUGUUCCUGCGGCCCGACAUUGGCAUCGUGCGUGAGGUGGCGUCGGCGGCGGACGCCCAGCACGACCUGGACGGCAGCGUGGCCGACUACGACUACGACAACGAGCGCGACUCGCAAAACUACUGUCCCGACCUGCCGCAGACUGACGACUGCGACGACUAUGACCAGGAGGCGACGUUCCUGCCGUCGGGCGGCGGCGCGAGCGUGUGGGACGCCAGCGAGCUGCAGGAGGCGGCGCCGCCGCCGUCGGCCACCCAGCUCAGCGGCGAGAGCCUGGUGCAGGCGCCGCACAAGGUGGAAAAGAUCCAUAUUGCAUACGCUAGGACGGCGAAGAAAAUGGACAUGCGGAAACUGAAAGUCGCCAUAUGGGAGAUACUUCUGGACAAGAAACGUGACGACAAGGAGAACGCGUCCGGCUCGCCGCCGGCCGUCCGGAAGGAGGCCGCCGCCGACCAGAUGACGCCCGACCGCGACUACAGCUUCCGCGAGCUGUACCACCGGCUGCCGGCGCGGAUCAGCACCAAGAUGGCCGACAACCUCAGCGUCGCGCUGGCCUUCACGGCGCUGCUGCACACAGCCAACGAGCGCUGCCUGCGCAUCACCGGCUCGCACCGGCUCGACGACUUCCUCGUCUCGCAGGAGGCGCCCUGAGCGGCCC